AUGGAUGAGACCAUGCAAAGCUUAAUUGAGCUUGAGACUGAAGCCGAGCAUCUCCUUUUAGCCCGACACCAGCUGGUUGAAAAUGACAGGGUGAGGAAUGGGAAUAGAGAAGCACUUACAUCUUUGAGGAAGAUAGCUCGGACAACCAAGACUAGUGUUCCAUCUCCUUUUGAGUCGAUAAUGAAAGAGAUUGCGGGGCCUGAAUCAAGACCUUUGGUGAAGGAGGUAUGCCCCACAUGCGGCAACCAUGACUCAAAUGAGCGCACUUGGAUGAUGUUCCCAGGAACUGAUGUCUUUGCAAGGAUUCCAUUCCAUGCUGCCCACACCAUAUUGGAGUCAGAACAAGAACAACUUGACUUCGAUUCUAGAAAGCUACAAAGCAUUGUGAAGGAAAAGUCCCUUUUGAUUUCAGAAAAAGGUGUCCUUGCGGACAAGGUGUCUCCGGGUGUGAUGAAGUCUUUGGUAACCCUGACAGACAAACCAAAGUGA